AUGAUACCUCCUUUGAUUUAAUAUAAUUAAUGCUUAGGAUAAGUUAAAAAUAUUAUAGUUUAAUCUAUAAAAUCAGUGUUAUAAAAUAUUUUAUCUUAAUAAUGUGUUUAGGCUUAUAAUCAUAAUCCAUAUAAAUAAGUGCCAUUUAGUUUUUUAUAGUUUUUAAAUAUUUGGAAAGUAAAAGAAGAAUAAUAAGAAUUUUUAAAUGAAAUCAUUAAUGCUAUGAUGAAUGAAUUAAAAACUCUAUAAUUAGAUGAUUACUAAGUAUUUUUUAAUAUUAUUUAAUAAUUACUAAAAAUUAAAGAAGAGAGUCCUGCUUAUUAAAUUGUUAAUUAAUAUAUAAUUUAAGUAUUUAAUGAAAUAUAUAAUAAUAAUGAUUUUGAAAGAGGAUUUUUACUUUUUGAAAUAAUUCAAAAUUCUAAGAAUUUUAAAAGAGAUAAUUUUGGUUAAAAGAUUUAGGAAAUGAUUAAUAAUUUAUAUAAUUCAAUUGAAUUGAUUUCUUAAAGUGAGUUGUGAAAGAAAUGUGCUUAAAUUAAGAUAUAUAUUUAUAAUUUAUAGAGAAUAAAUGAAUAAUAAAUAAUAGAAUCUAUUUUAUAAAAGAUAGUGAAUCAAGAAUAUAAAUAAGUUAUUCCAAAAGAAGAAUAAUCAAUAUUUAAAUUAAAAUGGAUAUGUUUACAUAAUUUAUUAGAUGAGAGUCUUGAUCCAUAAUAUUAUUAAAAAUAUUUAACUAUGAAGGAUUCAUAAUAAGAAUAUAAUUUAAUUGAAAAAUUUGUUAAAUAAUAAUAAUUAAAAUAGAAUGAAAGUUUUGUAAUAAAAAAAAAAUUGUAUUAAAUAUUGGAUAAAUUUAUAAUAUAAUAACGAAGCAUAAUAAGUUUUAAAAAAUCUAAUUUUAAAUUCUAAGCAUUUGUCUACAAUUUUUGA